AUGCGGUUACUAUGGCGUCGCCUGGCGCUUGUCGCGUGGUGUCUCGCUUGGCUGACGAUCGCGGUGUGGACUGCGUGGUUCACGUGGCAAGCCGCCGAUAACCCACGCAAAGAAGAUCUCCGCACAUGGUGCGCGGCUCGAACGCGAUACGUGCACCAGGAAUUCGUGUCGAGCUCGAAUCAAGUCGAGAUCCUGGCAGGGCUGGUGAAGGUGUUCAACGGCAUAUCCACGACCCGUAACACCCCCUCCUACUGGGGUCUGGAGGGCGGAAUAACGAACGCCACGUGGAGCGCAUUCAGCGAGCAGUGGAUUCAACGCAUCCAGCCAUGGUCCCUCACCUCGUGGGGCGUCUUUAUCAGCCACGACCAACGCCCUGUGUUGGAGAGAAUUCUCAACUGCACUGUCAGGACAAUGCUCGGAAAUGUGGCCCCUGCUUCUCCGCGCUAUGUUGUCUCUGUCUUCCGCUUCCCCGCGCCUUACGACCUCCCCCCGUGCACCGACCUCUACUCUGUUCUCAUUGCCAUAACCAACCGGUUUCUUCUGUCGGGCGAGAAUGUGGCUUUCCCUCCGCUUUUGCUGCCCAACAACCACAUCGGGUUUUUUUACGGCAUCCCAGUAAUACGCACGCCGUUGCCGCCGCACCCCUCCUUGGAGCAAGGAUUAGAAAGCAUUUCAGGCGCUAUAGCGGGGGCUAUCGACACGGAGACACUAAUCUCGCAUGCCCUCAUGGACGUGCUCAACUAUGCAACCAAUAAAUACUCAUUUGAUCUAUACGAUGCGACGGACGAGGAAGCUCCUGUGCUUAUGUUUGGUGCCAACGUCAGCAAGAACUUCACUGACCUUCCUAUGAAAUGGAUAACACCCACGCAAGUACAGCCAGGCUAUAAGGUCGUGCAACCCUUCCCAGAAACCUUCCGCCUGCGAAACCUUCAAGCACACUGCAGGUUCCUGGACAGCGGCAGUGCAUGGCGCCUGGUGUGGGCGCCGGUGCUGGUGGCGGUGCUGGUGGCGGUGGUGGCGGUGCUGCUGACGCUCAUCGUGGUGUUCCUGGCGCGCAAGCAGGCGGCCAUCAGCCGCGCCGUGAGGGAGGUGGAGCUCUGCACCGCCGUGCUCGAGCGCGCCCAGCGCUCCAAGAGCGAGACCGUUGCCAAUCUGUCGCACGAGCUGCGCACUCCCAUCGUGGGCAUGCUAGGCAUGAUGGAGGCGCUACUGGAGAGCGAGCUGGAGGGCGGGCAGCACCGGGACCUGACAACAGCCAAGGAGUGUGCAGCAGCCAUCGUGGGGCAACUCAACUCCGUGCUCGACCUCGCCAAGCUGCACGCCGGCCGCCUCUCCCUCGAGACUCUCCCGCUCUCCCUGCGCCACUGCGUCGACAUGGUCGCCCGCGACUUGCUGCCCGACGCCUGCAAGAGGGGCCUGCACUGUGAGUUGACUGUUGAGGGGUCUCAAAAGAGGCUUGCAAGAGGGGCCUGCACAUGGUGUGUCAGGUGGACUGCAAUGUGCCCGAGGUGCUGCUGGGGGAUCCACUCCGCGUCGCUCAAGUCGUCAGGGAGCUCAUCAGUGAGUGCCGCCUCGCAGCAUAUCGCCGCUGCUGCUGCCUUCCUUCGCACAGCAUAA